AUGGCAAAAACCAAGGUCCGCGUUGGUGACAAGGUGAUCAAGUUAUGCGAGGAACGUGAAUUGCUCGGCAGAUUGCUUAUCAUCCAAGGAAGCCGACCGGAGCUGGUUUCCAAACUGGAGGAAACUAUUGGAAAGUAUGAGAUGUCAGUGGUUCCAUGCUCGCUGUGUGCUGUAGACGGUUCUCUCUAUAUUCCAACCAACAAAGCCAGUCUGAUGCACGCUGUUGAAGCAGUCAAAGCUCGCUUGCUAGUUCAAUCUGCCGCUUUUCUCGAUGUAGUGCCAGUUACCGGCUGCUUACUCCGAGUUCUAAUUGUUGACGCCAUGGCUGUGGUUCAGAGUAUGAAGAAAACACCGACCAUGAAGAAUCUUUCUAACCUUCAAGAAGCGUUCAUCAAGCGUAUCAAGGGGAUGGUUGUUGGCUACGAUGAAUGUCGAGUGGUUUUUGUUUAUUAAUUCCGCACCAAAUCCUAGCUACUAUGGCUGACAGUCAUUGCUGAGAAAUAUGUGUUUGGUCACCAGACACAGACGUCCUCCUUAUCGACCUGGUCUCCCGUGGUCACCUUGGAACUAACAAUCGCCUUUAGUUUCUAACUGGCAAAGGCACGAAGUACAGAGAAAUCGAUGGAUUGAACGAGUACAAGUCAUUGGAAGUCAUAAAUGUCAAGGGCUUAUUGGACUCCACAAUUUCUCUGGCGCUGACUGGGGUGGAAAAUUUGUGGGUAUUACCAAGAAGACCUGGGUUGGUGCCUACAUGGAACUUGAUAAAGAUGAUCCUUCCAUCAACUGCUUUUGGGAACUUGGUGAAGGUCCUAUCCCGACUGAAUUAGUUGACAAUGAACUUCCAGCACAGGUUAAGGAUUUAGAGCAGUUCGUAUGCCGUGUAUACUGCUCAAAAGGUCCCAAAACGUUACCAGCGCUACGGUGGACACUGUUUCGUUCCAAAUAUUUGGAGGGAGAGAUGUUACCACCUACUCGGGCUGCGUUAUUACCUCACAUUGUACGCGCAAUGUGUGAUAAAUCAUACCCUCUCAAUUGUCCAUCUCUUCCACCUAUUGAAGAAAAUGGGUGGAGUUUAGACGAAGGAGUUUAUGUUCCAGUGAGGUGUCUCACACCUCCCGCACCUCAAGCUGUGAUUGAACUAACUAAAUGUUCGUGCAAAACAGAAUGUAAAGGAAGGUGCAGUUGUUUCAAGAAUGGUCUUCCUUGCACUCCUCUUUGUAAAUGCUAUGUCGGUAAUUGUACAAAUGUCAUAAAGGAUGAGGAUAACAGACAAGAGGAUUAUGACGAUGAACAACUCGUCAUGUAA